CCACCACUACUACCACCAACCCUUCCAUUCCUUCCUCUUUCCCACCCUUUCCCACCAAUCCAAUCCCCUCGGCAUAUGCAAUAGCAACAUGGCCUAUCUCUGAUCAAUAACAUUUUCUACUCUUGCACCAAUCCACAUCAACUGCGUAAGCCAGAACCUUCAAGGGUCACCCCAUCGAGAGAUACUACUGCAUGUCUGGAGGGGCUCGGGUUAAACGUGAGAGGAUGGAAGGGGUGGAUUGGAGGAGGCUGAUGGUAAUGGACUAGUAAGGAAAGGGGCAAGAGAGCAAACGAUCAGCCUAUCUCUUCCUUCUUGACGCGGGGUCAUUGAUAAGUAGGUAAGGAAGUUCGGGGACAAGACAAUUUUCCUAUUCCCCCUCCUCAAUGCUAGUCCUCUCUGGGUGAUUUGGGCCAACUGGCCGUGUAUAAAAGGAAGCUUGAGACCCUUCUCGAAAGAAUCUCUUUCUUCUUCCUUUUAAUCCAUUCUCAAAUCCAAUCUCAACUCUACACCGCUUCAUACAAACAACUUUAUCUUGUCUAAGAAACAAGACGUCUCAUACCCAUUGACCCUCAAAUUACUGUCUGUGCUUGACCAUUGUAUCAUAUCACCAUCAAGAUAUUACAAUUGCAUCUUUCCUAUUGCUUGCAUUGCAUAGGAAUCCAUAUCAAAGAAAAUCAUUCGUCUGAAGUUCUUUGUUGUCGUUUACGAAAAUUUAACUUCACUCUAACUAUACGCUAUUACAUCAUGGCCUACCAAGCAACCUACUACCAAACCACUUCCCUCCCCAUUCCUGUUCCUACAAAAUCUCAACAAGUUUCCUAUUACACUCCACAAAACACGACUUAUGGUGUCUCGCCACCAGAAGCUCCAGAAUCUGUCACUACAGGUUCAGGCAUGACGCCUGCAUAUGGACAUUCGACUUACUCUACUACCUCUAGUAGUUAUGCUGGGAGUGCAAGUGGUGAAUAUGACAGCACCGCUUCCGCCAAUGGUGUCGAUUUGCAAGAAUAUAUGCAAGAUCGAUUUUCUGGCGCAUUUGAUCCUCUUCCUUUAGAUCGCACUCUAGCAGUCCAAGCACAAACAUCUGGCUUGUUGAACGCAAAACAUAGAGAAAUCAUGGAUUUGCAAGCAUUGGCACAACAACGUCUUGCGAGAACCAGAGCGAGAUUGCAAGAAGGUUAUCAAGAUGCCAAGGAGGUGAAGGCGAAUUUAGAGUGGACUCAACAUCGAAUGGGAGCCAUGAAAACCAAAGUCUCAAAACGACACCCCAAAGAAUAUGCACAAGCUCGCGAGCGUUACCCAUCUCCAGAGUACUAAAAGCAUAUUCCUUCAUAUUGCAUAUUUCCUACUUCUAUCCAUCGCUUACGAAAAAAAAGUUCCCUUUUUCUUUUCCUUAAUACUGUUCAUGUUAGCCGCAACCCAUGAAUUAUUAUCUGCGCUGCUUUUAUUUUUCACACAAAGCGGAACUCCAGAGCAUUUUCUAACGAAGUAACGACGAUUAUGAUUGGGUGGAGCGCUUGUCCCCAGUGCGGGGAUGGAGCAGCGCCGGUUGAACAUGCUCUUUAGUGCUUGUAGCUGGUAAGAGACGCCAGGGCUGCAGUAGUUCCCGUUUAUGCAUGGUUCUGCGGGCCCCUGGGAACCGGGUUGUGCAGCUGUGGAGCUGUAUGUGGUGUGGUUGGAAUGAGAUAGUAUGAAAUGGUGUGAGACUGAGACCGUGGGAUUCGGGUGGAGGGUUUGUUUGUAGAAUGAUUGGACUGUAUUUUUCUUGGGCGUGCGAGGUUGCUUUGAGUACAGGCGUGAGGGGUGGGUGGGAUUUUGUAAGGCAAAAUGAAAUGGCGUGGAUUUAUCAAGUAGUUU